AUGGUUUCCAAAUGCUUGCUUAAAACGUUAGAGAUAGAAUGCUGCCCAGCUCUCAAGUCAAUUCCAAGCAUCAACGGUCUCACAUCCCUUCACAGUUUUACUCUUCGAAGUUGUGAUGGGAUAGCAUGUUUGCCAAGUGGGCUACAAUCCUGCACAUCCCUCAAAACCUUGCGGGUUGAAUCAUGUCAUAAUCUAAUCUCCUUUCCAGAUAUACAAGCGCUGCAUUCUCUCUCCACUUUACAAAUUACUUCAUGUGAGAAAAUAACUCGUUUGCCUGGGGGGUUACACUGCCUUACCCGCUUAGUCAACUUGAUGGUUGGUCCUUUCUCGGAGGAGCUCAAUUCUUUCCCCAGUCUUGAAGGUGUCCAGCACUUGCAGGCAUCCCUUCGUUAUGUAUACUUGUGUGGGUGGCCUCACUGGAACUCCAUUCCAGAGCAGCUUCAAUACCUCACAGUCCUGAAGAGUAUAGAACUAUCUGGAUUUGGCGUAGAAGCUUUACCCGAUUGGUUUGAGAACUUUUCAUAUCUUGAAUCUCUAUCUCUGGACCGAUUUGAAUCUAUAAAGUUUCUGCUCCCUAGAGAAGCGAUGCGGCACCUCACUAAGCUUGAGAGUUUGAGGAUUCAGAACUGUCCCCUUCUAAAGGAAAGAUAUGCCAAGGCGCUUGGCCCCAAAUGGCUCAACAUUGCACAUAUUUCACGUAUUGUGAUAUAA